CUUUUUGAAGAAUAAGCUUAAUCAUGUCUGCUGACAUAGACUGGGUCGAACCUUCUUUUUGACCUGUGUAGAAUGCUAAAGCAGCCUCUAGGUGUUUUUUCGCUAAUUGUUUUGUACUUUCUUGGGAUGCCUGAUCAGGAUAAUUAUUAUCUUUGGGAUCGGUUGAUUUCGUUGCACUCAUAUCUGUUGUUGUUUUUACUAUGGUUUGGCCAUCCGGUUUCUCCUCAGAAUUUAGUGUUGGAAAACUGUUAUCUUGUAUAUUAUCUACGGAGCCUGGUGGAUCUAUAUCAUUUUGGUCGUUACACUCGUAUUGAUCGUCACCGUAAUCUUGAUCGCCACCAUAGUCCUGAUCCCCACCAUAAUUUUGAUCCCCUUCCUGGUCGCUAUACUCUUGAUUCUCGUAUUUUUCCUGGUUGUCAUCAUUUUUAUCUGCUAAAUGGGUGACCUGAAUACUGUUAUUUAUUACUCCGUCGUCCAUUACUCUGUUGUUUGUAACCAUAUUAUUAUUAUAUAUGUCAUCUGUCGUUCCAUCGUCUAUUAUUCGAUUGCUCAAUAUUUCAUCAUCCACUAGUUCAUCGUCGUCCACUAGUUCAUCGUCGUCC